AUGGUGUGUUAUAAGCGGAAACCCAUAGUGUUGCCGCCUCCAAGGCCGUUGCCCGCCAACAUCAACAUCGAAGUAUGGCACAUUAACGAAACUGGAGAGUGGUUCACUAGCUACAACGAUUAUUUGAAACGUAUGGACUUCUACAUGCAGCACCAGUUUACAUGCGAAAUCACAGGAACGUCGUUUUUGACCUUUUUUGAGGCCCUGAACAGCGAGGAAACGCAGUUUAGACUCGUGGAGGAGAAGUUUCCCCUAAAGCUUCGGGAGCCUGUAGCCAAGUUUGUGCACUUUAACGAGAUCCGCAGAGUUGAUCUGCUUGUGGAGCAAGUUUAUGCCCGCUUCAAAGCAGACUUCUAUCCUGGUGAGAGGGUAUACGUGAGGCGCAAAGCAGAUAAGCUUCACCGCACGGCAGGUUCCGAUGAACUGCUGGAAAAACCCACGCCAAGUUUAGCAGAUAACUCACAAAGGUCAUAUGUUGUUAAGGAGAAGGCGCGCUUUAAUGCUGUUGUUGACGUCACCGCUCAGCAAGUCGUCAAACCAGCGUUUUCUAAGUAUAUGAUCACCGAAGAAUUUGGUGUCAACUCGCUAAUGGUAGGCGAGCAGGACAUAUACAGAGAUCGCUCUACCUUUACAAAACAUCUCAUCAAGUGCUUUUGCAAAAUCACGUUAAGACGUGCUUCCUCAAAGAUAGGAGCACCACUUUGCGUUAAAGACGAGUAUCUGGUGAUGUAUGGGCUUACUCUCGAAUGGCCCGCAUCAAUGCUGAAGUUCAAAGAUGACUUACCAGAGCUACGUAACGGGAACAAUAGUAAGAACACUCAAAAAGGCAGUCCAAUGCCAUCAAACCAAAUUCCACAGGACUCCAAGCGACCUGCUGAAAACUCUGGCAAAAGUUUUGAAACUAAAAGGCCAAAAAAUAUAAAUGGAAACACAUCUGCCUUUCCGUUACCCAAUGAUUUCGCAUCUGACGAUCCAAUCCAACAAUACAACGGUCCCAACAAAGCUCUCGACAGAGCUUUUUACUAUAAUGAGUACUUAGAUCAUGUUCCAUUUGAUCAACCUGGUAAACGUUUCGCACACAUGUACAAAUUGCUUGAGAUAUACCAAUUUUGUCAAACUUUCGGUAAAAUCUUAAUAUUGGCGCCGUUUAGUUUGGAUGCCUUCAUAUCAAGCUUAAAGUGCACUGACCCGAAAGAGACGGUUAAUAUUAGCUUAAAGGCUAGCCUUAACUUACCUUUACCCGAUAAGAAAAACCCAAUAAAGCUGGAGGAAAGUAAGGAUAAUGAUCUCGGUGAAUUCUACGAUCGUAUCGAGAAGCGGAGCCCUGGCGUAUCCAAGUUCCUCAAGAGUCAAAGCUCUCCGAAUGUUAGCUACAAAGUUUCCGUAAGCGAAGUAUUUGACUUUGACGCCCUUGACGAUGUUGCAUCGAAUGGCACAUCACUCAUUGUUGAAUGCUUCAUUGCUUUAGAGCGUUUGUUCAUCGAUGAGAAAGGCGAAUGGCGCUGCAUGGUGAUGGAUAAGUGGUAUGACGAAGACGAGUUAACAACCAAGCCCGAAAGUAAAGAAAAGAAAGACGCUGUCGCUGAUGAGAAUUCUGAAAAACAGAAAAAUGAGGAAAACGAUAACAUUCACGAUCCUGAGAUUGAUGACCUAUUAGAAAGGUGUCUAAAUUUCCGAAAACUUUCAUGGUCGGAGCGGCUGUCAAAAAGGCACUUCAAGAAUGGCUUUUGGAUUAUAGUUUUGCUGGGGAUUUUUCAAGACUGUAUGCAUUUGCCUAUGUACACGGCCUUUGUGCACAAAUUCAUUAAGGCAGUGGUGCCUUCUGAGGGUUCCGCUACUCAUUUAAAUAAAGUUCUAUGGCAAAACUUUUGUCAAAAUCUGAGUUUAGAGGAUAAAAUUAGGGCGCUUUGGAUCUUAGUUGAUAUCGCAUCAAACUUCUCGCUCGACAUUAAGCUGUACAUUGAGGAUACUUUGGAGGUCUGUACUCAAAUCCGUAGCGAAAAAUUGAAGCUAUCAAAGCGCUUGAAGUCAGAACAAAGUACUCUUUCGCUUCUCUCAACUUCUGAGGCAGCCCAAAAUGUCUCGCCCGAAAGUCUAAAAUCUAAGAUUGAGUCACACCAAGCAUCCAUUGAUGAAAUAAAUCAAGACCGAGAGUAUUUGACUCAGAAGCUUAUUGAAAAUGACGUGAGGAGGCUGAAAUCUUUGGGAGUUGACAGAAAUGGGAACAAGUACUACUGGCAGGAACUCAGUGGGGUGCAAAGGAAUAUUAAGGAGGGAUGCACUUAUUGUGGGUCGGGGAGACUUUGGAUUCGAGGAGUCAGCAAAAAGGAUGCCGAAAAAUUGCUUAAAGUAUCUGCCAAUGAGGUAGAAAUGUGGCAGAUGCUUGCAAAUCAAAGUUCGAUUGAGAAAGCUACAGCAGAGGUUUUCAAAAUUAUUAAAUUAGAAGACCAAAGUCUGGUGUAUGUUGAUAAAGACGAAAAGACAACUUUGAUGAACCCCAACGGUACAAUCAACAACGUUAUUCAAUUCUCACCAAUUCAAAAGAAAGUAGUUGACGAAACGCCUGGAAGGGUUUUGUUGAGUGAAAGCAUCUGGGUUUCAAUCGACAAGCCAGAAGAUGUGGACCAACUCAUUUUGUGGUUGAGCGAUGAUGUCACCUCUGACCAAACUUUGGCCAAACAACUGAGAGCUAUAAAGAAACCUUUGAUACAGAGUCAGCAGCGAAGGUUGAGCCAUCUGGGAGUAUCAUCAAGUUUAGACCAAGGCCAAAACCUUCUUCAAAAGAUGAAUGAAAAUGAAAUAAGUGAGGCCGAUAUGAAGUCCUGCCAGAUCAAUGAGGAAGAACAGACGCUGAAUGAUGAAGAGGAAUUAGAGGAUAUUGCACGCGAGAUCAUGGAAUUGGAUGACAGUUCUAAAACAAGAGUUACCUUAAAUAGAAUACGAGAAUUGGAAGAACGCCGAGACUAUUUGCUUAACACACGCACGUUCAAAGGGCAUGCCAACAAGCUACACGUCAGAGCUCAGCGUAAGCAAGCUAUUAUCGAGGUGGAAAAUAAAGUCAAGAAACAGGAGGCAGCUUUAAAUGAGUACUUAAGUGCCCGAAUACAAAGAGUCAACCCGACCGAAAAGGUUUGGACGAACGACCUUGCCAGAAAACUUUGGGAUAUGUCGCUGUACAUGGGUGCUGUUGGGAAGCCCCUUGUCCGAAACAAGUUAUCGGUAAAGGAAAGAAUAGCAGAAAUUUUCAAUGGAAUGGUGAGCUCACACCAAAAGAAGAGCUAG